AUGACGAAAUCAGCAAAUAACAGUGAAACGAGUGGAAACAUACCACCUGUUUAUCUCUUCACCCCCUCUGAUGGUCCCGGCACACAACUCAUUUCCUGCAAAUUAAAUGGCAGGAAUUACAACACUUGGUCUCUAGCAAUGCAAACAGCGCUUCAGGCCAAGAACAAGCUCAGUUUUAUCGAAGGAAAAGUAUUACAACCAGCAGAAGGAGAACCUCACCGUGAGCAGUGGGUGACUUGUAAUUCGAUGCUCCUCUCAUGGAUUUUCAAUCACCUGGACGAAGGGUUACAGAACUCAGUGGCAGGAGCGAGAAAUGCAAAAACUCUCUGGGACGAUCUUAAAGAACGAUUUUCCCAAGGUAAUGAAGCAAAAAUUCAUCAGCUUAAGACUGAUAUUUGUUUGCUCAGACAAGAGAAAAGAUCAGUUUCAGAGUAUUAUUCAAAGUUAAAGAGUCUCUGGGAUGAAUUAGAUAUGUAUCUCGAUUUACCCGUAUGUUCAUGUGAUGCUGGAGCUCGACUAAUGGCUUACAAGGAAAAGGAGAAAUUGCAUCAGUUCCUAAUAGGACUCAAUCCCGAGUUCCAGACCAUCCGCUCUCAAAUUUUGAGCAUGGAGCCACUGCCAAAUGCGAAUAGGGCACAUUCGAUUGCAGCAAACGACGAGGCACAACGAUUAAUCACACACGGCAGAGAAACAAUUUCUGAAUCGCUCGGUUUUGCAGCAAAAAUUAGUCACGAUUUCGGGGGAGGAUCAAACCCUAACCCUAAUUUUAGCAAUUUCACCAGAGGAGAAAACAAACCUCGAAGCCGCCCGUUCUGCGACUACUGCGGCCGGAAUGGCCAUGUUCGGGCCACUUGCUAUCGGCUGAAUGGGCAUCCGGGUUCCGACCAGAGAAAUCCGAAGGGAUCCGGCGCUGGUGGCGCUCGGCUGGGCGUGAGGAACUCGGCAUCUUCUCCCUCGGCUCUGCAGAACAAACAAGGAGGAGGAGGAGGAGUCGGGUUUUCGUUUUUAGGAGACCCGGGUAACUCCUAUUCGGGUGGCCCAUCUCAUCAGCGCCAAGCCCAACUGAAUCGUGGGCAAUGGAGACCCGGUCCGUCGGCCCAACAGGGUUUCUAUCAUCAGCCAGCCCAACAUUCCUUUAUAGGCGCAGGAAACUAUACUGCGGCACAGGCCCAUGCCGAAACACCUGCGGACCUUAGUAAAUUGGCCCAUCUUUCUGAGGCCCAACUACAACAACUUAUGUCAAUGAUUCCUCGCGAUGAUGGUGAGGUUAAUCGUCUAAGUGGUGAGACUUUUGAACCUAUUACCUCAAAUCUUGACUGGAUUAUUGAUUCGGGAGCUUCACGACAUAUGACUGGCAGCCUGGAUAAUCUUUUUGAUAUUACUCCCGUCAAUAAUGGUCCACUUAUUCAUGUUCCAAAUGGAACAACAAAAGCUACUUUUAUAGGCAAAGUUUCUUUUGGAGCCAAUUUGAUACUUCAAAAUGUUCUUUAUGUGCCGGAUUUCAAUUGUAACUUAUUGUCUGUGGCUCAAUUAUCUUGGGAACAUAAUUGUAGUGUACACUACAUUUCUGAUUUAUGCUUGAUCCAGGACCGCAUCUCGGGGAGUAUGAUUGGAGUGGGUGAACUUCACGGGGGGUGUGGAUUUUACGACGAGUAUCCUCAUCUCUUCAGAAACUACGGGCAAUGA